GAGGUGGUAAAAGAGAAGGAAAAGGAGAAAAAUUAUAGAUUGGAGGAAGAAGAAAAAAAAAAAAGGUUUAUUGCGACGUAAAACGACAAGCACCCAUUCAUCGUCAAUCAUGUCGACAGCAACACCUCGAAGUCGGAGUCCCCUAACUCCCGUCAGCACGCGCAGUUCCUCCUCGUCUUCAGCAGACCACGUCGCGAUACAAAUACACAGCUGCCCUUGCGAAAAGUGCGAAGCUCACCACGCCAGCUAUAACAACUCUAACGGGAGCAGUUGUAGUAAUAACAACAACAAGAACAACAACCACAGCAGCAGCAGCAGUAGUAGUAGUAGCCAAAAUAGUAACAACAAGGCUAUCGAGAGCAACACGACACGCUUCGACGUUCCGCUAAUCGCCAUACCGCGACUGUUCACGGCGCUGCUAGGCCUGGUGACGGUGAUACGAGUGCACACGGCCAUCGACGCCGGGUGGUGGCCGUGGGAGAACAAGGUGCUGUUCUCGCUGUGCUGGCUGGGCCUGUUCUGGAACCUGGCCCACGGGCUGUGCAGCGUCCUGGGCUACGCGUACUGGCCGUCUCCCCGGCGCACCGCCGGCCUGCCCCCCGUUACCCUCACCAUCAACGGGCGGACCAUCGUGUCCUUCGGCGGGCCGGACGAGGACGACGGCGUCCGCAGGCGCCGCGCCAAAAGGCUGCAGUUCUCCGUCGUCGAUGUCCUGCUCGCCGCCCCGACCCUCGGCUUCCUGAUCUACUCGGCGCAUAUCAUGUACCCCUGGUGGGGGUCGAGGUAUGUCGGGUUAUGGCCGCCGACGAUAGGGUUGAUUGCUUCGCUUGUUUCCUUCGAGUUCCUGACCGCAUUCCUACAGCUGUUCCAAUUCUUCGAGGCCAAGGUUAUCGGCGUACAACUGACGAUGCAAGACAUAUACGACAAGGACGAAUCCGCCGUCCGAUUGCAAUUAUAAAAAAGCGAAGCGGGCUGGCGAAACGUUGUUGUAAUUUAUAUUCCAUUUUAAAACAUUCCCCCCAAAAAGAAAGAAGAAGAAAAAGACGGUCGUUUCUUGUAAUAGUCAUUUAGGAGCGAGCGACAUUGGGAUGUUCAGGAAAGAUCAAG